AUGGGAGGUAUAUUCUCAAAAGGGUCGAGUAGGAGAGAUUUUUCUUCUUAUGAUUCACCCAGUUCUUCAUCUUCAUGGAAUCAAUAUGGAUAUCCUCCAGCAUCACCAUAUCCAUAUCCAUCUUCUCAACAGAGUCCCUAUUACACACCCCAACAUCACCAUGCACCUGCACAUAAUUCAUCUUAUCUUUAUGAAUCACAAAGGCCAACCCAGCAACCACAGAAGAGGUUGGAUAGGAAAUACUCAAGAAUAGCAGAUAAUUACCAGACCUUGGAUCAGGUCACUGCUGCUCUUGCUCAAGCUGGCUUAGAGUCUUCUAAUCUCAUUGUUGGAAUUGACUUCACGAAAAGCAAUGAGUGGACAGGUGCGAGAUCAUUCAAUCGGCGAAGCUUACAUUAUGUUGGAAAUAGUCAAAAUCCGUAUGAACAAGCCAUAUCAAUUAUUGGGAGGACUUUAUCUGCAUUCGAUGAGGAUAACUUAAUUCCAUGUUUUGGAUUUGGAGAUGCAUCAACACAUGAUCAAGAUGUCUUUAGUUUCUUUCCGGAUGAGAGAUUCUGUAAUGGAUUCGAGGAAGUGCUGAUGCGAUACAAAGAAAUUGUUCCCAACCUUCGUCUUGCUGGACCGACAUCUUUUGCACCUGUUAUUGAAAUGGCAAUGACUAUUGUUGAGCAAAGUGGUGGGCAGUACCAUGUUUUGGUGAUAAUCGCAGAUGGACAGGUGACAAGAAGUGUUGACACACACCAUGGCCAGCUCAGUCCACAAGAGAGAAGGACAAUCGAUGCAAUUGUAAGAGCAAGUGAAUUCCCCUUAUCAAUCAUUUUAGUCGGAGUUGGUGAUGGACCUUGGGACAUGAUGAGGGAGUUUGAUGAUAACAUCCCUGCUCGAGCCUUUGACAAUUUCCAGUUUGUGAAUUUUACAGAAAUAAUGUCAAAAAAUGUGAGUGAGUUGAGAAAAGAAACAGAAUUUGCUCUUGCAGCAUUGAUGGAAAUACCUUCUCAAUACAAAGCGACUAUUGAGCUUGGCUUAUUGGGUCACCAUAGAGGGAAUGCACCAGAGAUGGUUCCUUUGCCCCCACCACUUUAUGGCCCGCCUUCUUCAAGCAGGUCGAAAGCUUCCCGCUCAAGCAGCUUCCAGCAGCGGGUACCUUCUUAUUCUGGAUAUGAUAAACCAGUUGGUGGAUACGAAACAACAGCAGUGAGUGCUCCAACUUCAAGCUCUGCUUAUGAUAAUCAGGUGUUUGCCCCAUUUGUCUUACUAAUCCAAAGGACAUGGCCUUUGGUUGUGGGCAUCAGACUUGUUGCGACUGUGGAGAAGACCUUGAAGUGUGUCCCAUAUGCCGAAGGUCAAUACAGACUAGAAUCAGGCUCUACUAAGUUAGCCAUUCAAUAG